AUGGCCGCGGCCACAGUUUUUUUACGUGUACGGCGCCUUAUUUCACUCGCUGUAACAAUAGAACACGCAGAAAGACGCCUUAGAAGGCCACAGCUGUUGCGUAGUGACGCCGGUGCUUGGCCGCCCGGCUACCUCUCACACAGACACACCACCCUCAGGAACGCGCAGCGCAGCUGUUGCGAAAGGACGCCGGCCGCAGCGCACUAGAACUCAUAGGACGCGCCGCGCAAGAACAAUGGCGUCAACAAUGGGCGCCUCGCGCGACCUCACGCGCACCUUCGUCGAGUGGCGCGCCAUGCGCGAGAAGUCCCUCGGCGGCGCGCGCACCUUCGGCGGCUACGAGCGCGGGUCGAGCCAGGAGCACAGCCCCAUGUCCUCGAGCCGCGCGGCGCUGCCGCCGGUCUGGGUCGACGUCGUCGAGAAGGUCGAGACCGACGUCGCGACGCUGGAACGCGCCCUGAAGUCGCUGAAGGAGGCGCACCGCGCGCGGCUCAUGGUUUCAUUUGAUGAAUCGCGGGAGGCGGAGCUGGAUCGGGAGAUCGAGCGCCAGUCGCAGAACGCGACGCAGUUGUUUCGAGCGUGCGAGAAGACGCUGAAGCGCGUCGCGACCUUCGGCGGCGACGCCGCGGACGAUUCGGAAAGGAAGGUCCGGGCGAACGUGCAGCGGAGCGUGGCCGUGCGGAUCCAGGCGCUGAACACGGAAUUUCGCCGGGCGCAGAAGGAUUAUGUGGUUCGCUUAAAAUCACAAAAGGAAGGCAGUGCCGGCGGGGGCUUCGACUUCCUCUCGGCGUCGUCGCGGAACGACACGGGCGUCGCGUUCAACGAGCAGCAGAUGAGCGCCGUCGUCGACAUCGAGCACCUCGUCGAGGAGCGCGACCAGGAAAUCCGGAAGAUCGCCGAGUCCAUCCAGGAGCUGUCGGGCAUCUUCAAGGAGUUGGCGGUUCUCGUGAUCGACCAAGGGACGAUCCUGGACCGCAUCGACUUUAACAUGGAGCAGGUCGCCGAGCAUACCCGGAGAGGCGUCGUCGAGAUCGAGAAGGCGGAGCAGUACCAGAAGGCCGCGCGGCCGCGCAUCUGCAUCGCCUUGUUACUGUUUCUGAUCACGAUCAUGAUGAUCGCGCUCAUCCUGAAGCACCACCCGUCAGGCGGCGGGAAGAAAGGAGGGGGUAAGAAAGGCUAGCAAAACUAAA